AUUUUGGCCGUUAUCAGGACAAGUGACGUGGAGGAAUAGACAAGGAAAUAAGCGACAAAUUCCUGCGCGCCAAGUUUUUACGGCGUCGGGCGCCUGGGCAUCAAACGGCAGAUGCUCCAGACCCAUUGUUUUGGCGCCCGUACUUCGACCUAGAGCCUCGUCGACCCAGCACAUUUGUCGCGCCCGCUACCUACCAGUGACAUAGUUCUCCAUGUGCGUCGCGAUGCUUUAGCUAUGCGCAAAUGUCACAUAUAGUAUCCCGCCUCGAUGGCAUCUGUGCAGUCUCAAUAUGGCGACGGCGCUGGGCCGGAUAGCGUUCGCGCAUCUCCCAGUCGCGCUCUUCCAGCCAAGGAGCCGUAUUACUCCAAUCGAGACAUUGCAAUAUUACACGCUGUCAUUACGGCAGCCCAAGAACAGCUCGAUCAUGCCUCGGGCCCGAAGCCACUGCCUGCCGCUGCAUUGUUCAAAGCUUAUGACGAAGUUCUCCCGGAGCAUGGCGUUGAUCCAGAUUCAGACCAACAUCUCUCCGCCCUCGUGUUCAGAGUUGGCGGCGAGCAAGGGAACGGCACCUUAUUAGAAAAGUUCCAGUCAAUACUUGGCCAUAUUGGCAUCGUCCUCGAAUUCAGCGACGACUCCAUCACUACUCCGCAAGAUUAUCCCCAACAUCCUCUAUCCCCGGAACCAGUAGACACUGGCCACUGGGACCCCGAUGAUCUCCCUACCAAAGAGGAAGAUGCGCCCGUCCGAACGAGGCGUCGGACAUACAGCGCUGGCUCUCUAGAAUACGACCCCGAAUUCCAAAAGUUUCGCACUGAAGCACCAAGCUAUAAAAAAAGAAACCAGACGAAAGAUGAUCUCGCCCUCAUGGAUGCAGAUACAUACCCCUCCGCUCCAAUAUCUACAACCGCAACACGGCAUCUCGAUCAAUAUCAUCAAUAUCCAAGUCCGCUCUUCGACCACGUGCCUGUCGACUUUCGUGCCGUAGAUGAUGGCAUUCCUUACGAUGACGUGAAAGCACAGGCCGUACCUCCACAAACCGAUAUUUCUCGCAGUUCUUCGAGAUAUAAAUCAGAGCGAAUGGCUCUACCUUUAAGGAGAGAAGCAUCUCCUAGGCCGUUCAACGGCCAUGGCCAAAAACCAGCCAGCCAUGCCAGGGAUAAUGGCAAGAUUAAUCAGACGCCUGGAUCGCAAGACAAGCACAAUUUGCCCAUUGGAGCUGACCGAGAUGCCGGUAAAACUGAUGCCAGAGACUCACCGGCGCCCCCCAGCUCCACACCUAAAGACAGCGGACUGACGUCGCAUCCAAUACAGGCCGAGGUGCCGCUGCCAUUUCGAUCCCAGAACAAAAACACGCUAUCGAAACAGCAGCAAGCGCAGCUACUUACAAGAGCAACCCGAGCUCGCGAGAUAUAUCUAGCGAGUAAAGUGUUCAACCAUUGGGCAGACCGGACUGCAGCGCGGCUUGAGCGGGAAGGCGUAGCUAGAAGACAUAUGAUUCGCUUUCGCUGUUUUCAGGGCUGGAGCCGUGCGCCAAGUUUACAGCUUCCAAUCAUCGACCAAUUAAAGGCUCUUACAGCGGUUCAGAAAUUACAAAGAGCUGUAUCAUACCAAGAAGAGCAGCUGCGUCUCGCUGCAGCGGCUAUAUCCCAAAAGUAUCGAGCAAGGACGGCAUCUCGCGUUUUUGACCAGUGGUGCUCUCACCUGAUAUCUCUCGUCUACCGUCGGAAGUUAGACAGGAGAUCGAAGCAAGGCGCGUUAGUGGCGUGGAGAUCAAGCACCUCCAGCAACACUAUCAAGAGUCAAGCCAUUCGUAAGUUUAACAAACAUGAGGGCGUUGUUACCACAUUGUCAAAAUUACAAGACCAAGCGCUCUUGUAUAGCCGUCAAUUUCAAACAGCACGUCAAAUCGGGUCACUUAGACUGCUAUUUGGUUCUCUCGACAAAUGUGAGGACCAGAUCCAGAUUAAAGCGCGAUCAUCAGCCUAUAAGGCCAAGUUAUCUACUGCGGCUGUCAUUCAUGCAUUCCACAAUUGGAACUUAUCAGUACGAGUGCAAGCGUUUCGGUGGAGGGCGGAUUAUAUAUCUGUAACACGAGCCCUCGACAGCUGGCGAAGACAUUUCGUACAGGAAGAAUGGAGGCAAAAUAUGUGUGCGGAUCACCUGAAAUCAUACCGCGCGUCAAAUCUUCUGUAUACUUUACAACGAUCAAGUAACGCCAACGCACAGCUAUCGGUUAUGAGCAAUCGCGCCAGGUUAUUCAUUGUCACAACACAGACGUUACCCAUCAUGGACGCUGCUGUAGAAGCCCGAAGAAUCCAGAUGAAGGAUAUGGUUCGACAAUAUUUGAUGAUGAGAUACACGGAAGUCUCUUCCUCUAGAAAAAAGCGAAAGUUCUAUGAGGCUUUCGAUCACUGGCGAACAAUGGCCACUGAAGCCGCUUUUGAAAGCGAGUUUGCUGCUCUUUAUAAUACAAAAUACUAUUAUGGUCAGCUUGAUAUCGCUUUAGAGAAAUGGAAAAAGCGGGCGGAAGAAGACGUGCAGCUUCAGCUGGCCACCUACCAACAUUAUACGCAGGCGUUAAUAGCGGCUUGGGGUGAUAUUGCUAAAGAGCAUGAUCAGGUGGAUAUACAGUCGCUGGAACUGUGGGCUACUCGCAGGCAACGGCAGUACCUCAAAGCGUGGUCUAUAUCGUCAUUACAACGAAGCGGACAGGCCCAUACCGCGACUAAAGUACAACAAAAGAGUUACAGCGAAAAACGAAACCGCACAUUUCAACACUGGAGACAGGCCUGCAUGGGCCCGGACUUUGAUCGCGUAGAGCAAGGCCUGCGAUUUACGCCGAACCGUGAACCUCAACCUGCCAGUGGCCGCCGUAGCGCUUGGCGGGCACUUUCUGUUCGCCGACAUCUGUUAGCGGAAAGGCACAACAAACAGGACUCUGCGGCCAGGUCGAUUGAAACACCGACGCGGUCGACUGGCGUGCCACUGAAUAUGUCCUUCCCCUUGUCAGCGAAGCCAAUCGUUGCAUGGCGGGGGACGGACGACGAAUCGACUGCAUCCAGCGACACCGAGGAUAUUGGAAUGUUAAAAUCCCCAAGUAAAACUCCUGCGACCAUGCGGCGCGGAAUUUUGUCAUCUACCACUCCUCGAGGGCCUGUGCCCAUGCAUCUGAAUAUGAAAGCUACGCGGCCAGAGGGUUUUACUUCUCCUCAUCGCUGGAGCACUGGUGACGCUGUAUCAAAAUCAAAGCCGGGUCUAUCACAGGACGUCUCGAACGGACCACAGCCAACUCCAAGGCCUAACUUGAAUAGGUCUGUCGCUUCUUUUGGGCGUUCUGUCCAUACACCGGCCAAACCUACUGGGCGGUUAGUAGCAAGCGCCAAACCCUUCAAGAAGGCUGGAUCACUAAUUGCAGCCGAAGUUGAAUAACUUGAAGUGACUACAGGGCGGGCUGGCUCUACAGGUUUACAAUAGCGGACAAGCAAAACCAAGCUAUAUAAGUACGAAUCGGAUAUAUCGAGGCUUUAAAUUUCACAAUGAUGAAUUACAUUGAGGGUGUUAGGCCUUAUCAUUGCGUUUUAAAUGUUGUGAAACUAGAAGGCUUGAUUAAGUGCCUAGAAGGGUGGCAUUUAUGGGAUCUAUACAUUAUGGGGAGCAUUAUUAGCGAUCUAAUGAUAUCCAUGAGCAAUAAAUUUAUACUCGUUCAACUCCUAAAUCUAGCAACGCC